AUAGGAGGGGCUCGAAGCCAGCGGCCCUAUAAAAAUUGCUUUUUCUGGGGCUGUCAGCUCAGUCAGCGGCUCAUUCAUCACUUUCCGACGCGCCCCAGUAGAUCUAGUAGACUUUUAAAUUAACCCGACAGUAUUACGCGUCUCCCCAAAACUCCCCCUGCGCACCGAAGCCCGGAAACAUUCCACAAAAAGAACGAUAAGCAACAAGUGUUCCCGAGAUUCCCUUGAAACAAAACUGAAUAUUCCAUUGAAAGUUUGGUUUUUGUUUACCUACAAUCAGUGCCCAAGAACGUGGCAUAUUUCCAGCUGCGGGUAAACAAUCGAGCCAGCAAUUAAGAAACUUGUUUUCUGUGCACACGCGAAUAAAUCUUUGGAACGCAAUACCAGCCGGUGACGAGCACGGAGAAGAUUGAGCCUUCAACAUGAUUCCCGGCUAUGGACCAGUGACCCAGGCUCUGUUGGGCACCCUGCUAACCUGGGGACUCACGGCCGCCGGAGCCGCCCUGGUGAUUAUCGUCCGGGGCAACCAGCGGAGGUCACUGGACGCCGCCCUGGGAUUCGCAGCCGGUGUGAUGAUUGCAGCCUCCUUCUGGUCCCUGCUCAAGCCGGCCAUUGAAAUGGCUGAGAGCUCUCAUUUAUACGGAGUCUACGCCUUCCUGCCCGUUUCGGGGGGCUUCCUGCUGGGCUCGAUCUUCGUCUACGGCUGCGACAAACUGAUGUCCUACCUGGGCCUUAACAGCACCAACAUGAUGAUCCAAAUGACGCAGUCGAGCAAGGACAAGGCAGACAUAGCGAUCGAGGACUCGAAGAGGAACGGUGGGGCCUCCGACAGGCUGGCCGCCAAGAGCCUGGACAGCUUCUCGGACUGCUUGAGCGUGCAGCACAGCGGGGAGUCGCGGCGGAGGAAGAAGGGCGGCAGCAUCAACGAGAUGGAGCAGUGCACCUACACGACGCCCGAGGAGCAGCAGCGAGCGGCCGAGGCCCUUUCUCAGUGGAAGAGGAUCAUGCUCCUGGUGGUGGCCAUCACGGUCCACAACAUUCCCGAAGGACUGGCCGUAGGUGUGAGCUUCGGCGCCAUUGGCUCUACAAACUCCUCGACUUUCGAAAGUGCCCGCAAUCUGGCCAUUGGAAUUGGCAUUCAGAAUUUCCCCGAGGGACUGGCCGUUAGCUUGCCACUACAUGCCGCAGGAUUCAGCGUGAAGAGGGCUCUUUGGUACGGACAGCUGUCCGGAAUGGUGGAGCCCAUCUUUGGCGUGCUGGGCGCAGUGGCCGUGACUUUUGCCAACCUGAUCCUGCCCUACGCCCUGUCCUUUGCGGCCGGAGCCAUGAUCUACAUCGUGUCGGACGACAUCCUGCCCGAGGCGCAUGCCAGCGGAAAUGGUACAAUUGCCACGUGGGGCACUAUCUCCGGAUUCCUGAUAAUGAUGUGCCUGGAGGUGGCGCUGUCCUGAGGACCCACCGGCUUGCCUUCGCCCGCCUCGCAGAACCCAUAAGCUAGUGUUAACUCAAAGAUUCCACAGUACUUAACGAACGAAACCUUCUGCUGGCUUGUAAAUAAUAGAAGCGGGCUUUGUACAAAUCUCAGAACCAGCCCCAAACGAGAAUCUAAUAAUGUAGCGUAGAGUGUAAGUUUUUAGAAAGAAGCUUGACAACGGGCAAUGCCACGGUGGCAUCCGUGCAAUUGUGUAUCUGUGCAAUGUACUGCUGCAUUCCCAGCGAGUUAUGUAAAUCAAUCGUUCGCGGAAAGAUUGUAAACAAACGUGCAUGUGAAUUAGGUUUUAAGUUGUCACCGGCGUCCAGUGACUUGUGUCUUUUUAAACUGUCUAAUGUUUAAGCAAUAAAACGAAGCGCAUUUAAAAUCAGCA